AUGCCCGACGCGAUCGCCGACCCGUCCGCGAGCGCGAUCGAUGACAACAAGGUCUUUGUCGCCGUGCGCGUUCGUCCCUUGAGCGCGAGUGAGCGCGAGCGAUCGAAGAACGCGUGGGAUGUCGUCGAUGACGAAAUCAUCGUUCCGAGGGACGGAUCGAGCGGGACGUAUGUAUUCGAUCGGGCGUUCGGAGACGGAAGCGACAAUAAGGCGGUGUACGAUGCGACGACGUCGAGGAUCGUGGAGAACGUCAUGAAGGGGUUUAACGGGACGGUGUUCGCGUACGGGCAGACAUCGAGCGGAAAGACGCAUACGAUGCACGGGACGGCAGACGAGCCGGGUGUGAUCCCCCUCGCGGUGCGAGAUGUGUUCGAUGCGGUGAGACGACAAGGAAGCGAUCGAGAUUUUUUCAUUCGAGUGAGUUAUCUGGAGAUUUAUAACGAAAAGAUCAUGGACUUGUUUGCGUUUGAGGAGUUAUCGAGCGACGGAGACGAUGACAGCACAUCAAAGUUGUCGAUUCGUGAGGGUAAGGACGGGACCUACGUCUCUGGUCUGCGAGAAGAGGUGGUAUCGAUGCCUUCGCAGGUCAUCGCACUCUUGGAGCGAGGGACCAAGCUGAGGCACGUCGGGGCAACGAACAUGAACGCGCACUCGUCGCGGUCUCACACAAUUUUCCGAAUGAUCAUUGAAUCGAAAGCAAUCGCCGGUGGGACGGACGGUGCGGGCGUCUUGCAGUCCACGUUGAAUUUGGUGGAUCUUGCCGGAUCGGAGCGUAUGUCGAAGACCGGUGCCGAGGGUGAAAGGGCCAAGGAAGGAGCGCACAUCAACAAGUCACUCAUGACGCUCGGGGUCGUAAUUAACAAGCUUUCGGAGGGUGUCGAGUCCAAGGGCGGCCACAUCCCGUAUCGUGACUCCAAGCUCACUCGUAUUUUGCAGCCUGCGUUGGGAGGUAACUCAAAGACCGCUAUUGUGUGCGCGAUGACGCCCGCUCUGUCACAUUGCGAGGAGUCGCACUCGACGUUAAAAUUUGCGCAGAGAGCCAAGAGAGUUGUGAACAAAGCAACGGUGAACGAGGUGGCUGCGAAUGCGGAGACGAAUGCGAUGCUGAAGCGUCAACGGAAGGAAAUCGCCGUUCUUCGGGCUCGUUUGGCAGAGGAAGGUGCCAAGGUGGACGAUGCAGCAAUCGAAGCGCUUCGACGCCGUCUCGCUGAGGCUGAUCGCGAGAAGAACCUCGUGGCACUCGCACUGGAGGACGCUGAAACGAAGACUAAAGAGCGUGAAGCAAAGAUAAAAGAGCUCGAAGCGAAAUUAGAAGAGCUCAGUGAACCGCAUACCGAGGAGCUAGAUCUGAACUCGACCGGACCGACGGGCCAGUCGCUCUCGGCGGUGACGCCUGGAACGCUCCAGGCGCUGCGCGCAUUCGAGGCUAAGGUCGUCGCGCUUGAGAAGGAUCGAGAUGCGAUCAAGUUGAAGCUUGAGGACGAUUUAGAACGUUCAGAGAAGCGCCGUGAGGAGCUCGAACGCAGCCGUCUCGAUGCCAUGAGCGAGAUCGCUUCACUCAAGGAGGAAAUAGCUGAAAUCACGACCUCUUUGGUCGAUGGUGACGGCGCAUCUGGAGAUGUUCAGAUACUGCUUGCGCAGGCUAAGCGCGCCAGGGAACGCGCUGAAAAUGAGCUCACAGGCAUGAAGGCUGACUUUUUCGAAGAAAAGUCCCGUCGGGCCGUGGCUGAAGCUGAGGUGAAACGCCUCGGUGACAAGGUCACGAUGAUACUGGAGGAGAAAUCAGAGGCAUCGAAAGGCACAAACACUGAAGCGAGCGUCGCACAUCUCGCGCUUCGAAAGCAGGUCAUCAAGCAGAGUGAGACGAUCGCACUGCUCGAGGCUCGUACGAAGGAAGCCGACCAAAUGCUCGAUGAGGCCAUCAGGGUGUACGAGGAUGAGGUGGCAAAGAACAAGAGGUUAGUGGAAGAGUUCAAGUCUACCGGUUGCAUAUACGACGAAUCAGAGCGCUCGGCGAUCUCUCUACAGGACUCGAAAACUCUCGAAGCUCUGGAGGAACAACGUCGCGCGAAUGAUGAGUUGUCAAAGAAGUGUGCAAUACUCGAGAAGAAGUACGCCGUCGCCAAAGCGGCAUUUGCAAAGCUUGAAAAGGACCAAGCGUCGGCGAAACAGUCAGCAGAGGACACCGCCGGCGGAGACAGUCUUAAGCGUGAAAAUAAAGAUUUGAAGCGUCAAAUGCAUAAGCUCACGGAAGUGUAUUCGCGACUUCGUGAAAAGUUCAAUGCGGGCGAGGAGGCAUUUGACAAGGCGAAGGGCGCAAUGGAACUCAAGUACGAUCUCCAAGCGCUCGAACGUAAACGUCAGCUGGAAAAGAAGGCGUUCAUGGCAAAAAUUCAAGAUUUAGAGAGCUCACUCGCGAAAGAACGCCCUGCCACUGGGAAGUUAGGUGACUCGAUCACACCAAACUCAAACAAAAAGGCAAGAAUAGCGACGGAACCACUGCGCGCUGCUGACGCCAACGUGCCGUGCAAGUCGACGCUGUGA